UCCAUUGCAUUUCAGAUAACCGUUUCCUGGUUAGAGAAAAGCAGGGAUACAGAUCUGAGCGUUUCACAUGUAAACACAUUUUUGCGGAUCUAAAGAGGAAUAAACAUGGGGAAACGAGUCGCUGUGCUUCACUGGCUUAUGCUCACACUGGGACUAGCUGCGGCUCAAGCAGAGAAAGCAGCGGAAACUCUGCCCAACUGGCUUACAGGAAUCAUUGCCGUUGGUGUGUUCCUCUUUCUCAUCUUCAUCGCCUUCCUCGUAAACAAAGCAUGGUUUGAAACUCCAAGCAAAUCAGAAGCAGUCAUUCCCAAUGAAUACGCCAGGACCAAUGGAUCAUCAACCUAUGAAUCCAGCCUUGACGCUAUCAGGAGCAGCGACGCAUAUGAGAGCGUGAUCGUUCACCAAACUGACGAAAAAGUGACCGCAAUGUGAUUUCAAGGAAUUAGCAGAGUCAGCACAACAUGUUAACCUUAAGUUCACAUUUUAAUAGCUGUCACAGCUCUUUCUUGUAUGAAAGUUUAGCAGUGAUUUUUGUAGAUUUCUUUACUAAUAAUCCACGUUUAUUCUAUAAAGGGCAUUUGUUGAUGUACCCAUUUUGAACAUUAAAAAAUAUUAGACAUUCAGUAUCUUACAGAUAUUUGUUGUGCAAGCCUCUUUAAAAAAUAAUAAAAAUCAAUAUACCUUUUGGACGUUAGCUAUUUUAAUGUUUUUGAAGUACGUGUCUUCUGCUGCACCAACGAUGCAA